AUGUCGAAUUUCUCGGCGGCGCUGCGACUAACGGACCUGAACGACUUUAUCGCACCAUCGCAGGCAUGCGUCGUCACCGCACAGGGGCAGCGCGUGGGUGGGGGAGAGGGUGUGGGCGCAGCGGGGGAGGUGCAGCUGCGGGGAGCGGGCGGAGGGGGAUUUGAGCAGACGAGACAAGGGCGCGAGGGCGAGGCGGUGAAGGUCACUCUGCACGACUGCCUCGCGUGCAGUGGGUGCGUGACGACGGCGGAGACGGUGAUGCUGGAGCAGCAGAGCGCGCACCACAUGCUGCACCACCUGCCACCGCCAGGCUCCCACGCGGACAGCGCAAGGCAAACAGGGCAGGGGGGUGAGGGGCGCAAGGUGGUGGUGGUGUCGCUGUCGCCGCAGUCACGGGCGGCACUGGCGGCCCACUAUCAGAUCACGCCCCUGCAGGCCUUCCGCAAGCUGACGUCGUUCCUGCAUGCACUGGGCGUGGCAGCGGUGUUUGACACGAGUGCAUCGAGGGACGUGGCGCUCAUCGAGGCCUGCCAUGAGUUCGUCUGCGCCUUCCGCCGCCACGCUGCUGCCCAUGCCACCACCGCCCUUGCCUCUGCCCCUGCGGGCACCAUGAACGGGUCUGUCAGUGGCCUGGCCGCUAUGCCACAUGCAUUGUCCGAUCACCGUGCAGCCACAGGAGCAACACCAUUAGCACCAUCUGACAUGGUACCAGCUGCAGGUUCAGCAGCAGCAACAGAAGCAGCAGCAGCAGCAGAAGCAGCAGCAGCACGAGAGAGCAGUGCGGAGGCAGCACAAGAGUCUGGCCAGUCCGCCCCUCCCAAUGCCACACCGCCGCCCAUCCCCACUGACUCGCUGCCGCACCUGCCUGUGCUCGCCUCUGCUUGCCCUGGGUGGGUGUGCUACGCGGAGAAGGCCCACGGGGAGUACAUCCUGCCGCACAUGAGCCGUGUGAAGAGUGCCCAGCAGACCAUGGGCGCGCUGCUCAAACGCUUCUACGCCUCCCGGCUCAACACCACUGCAGAGCAGCUGUACCACGUGGCAGUGAUGCCCUGCUACGACAAGAAGCUUGAGGCCGCCAGGGACGACUUCCUGCUGCCUGGGGGGGCGCAGGCGAGUGCGCAGGACGGGGGAGAGAAUACUCGAGAUGCAGAGGGCGAUGAGGAGCGGUUGACAGAGGUGGACUGUGUGCUGACGUCAGGGGAGAUCUUCGCACUGCUGCAGGAACAACGAGUGGACUUCAUGGCUCUGGAAGAGCAUCCUCUCGACUCCAUGCUCACCAACGUGGACGCCAGCGGGCAUCUCUAUGGCGUGGCGGGCGGGUCAGGCGGGUACGCGGAGGCUGUGCUGCGCUAUGCAGCGCUGGAGCUGUUUGGUGUGCACGUGCCCUUGGGCCCACUGGAGUGGCAGGCGGUGCGCAACGCGGACAUGCGCGAGUGCAGUGUGGCGGUGGACGGGCAGCCCGUGCUGCGCGUGGCAUGUGCGUACGGCUUCCGCAACAUUCAGAACGUGCUGCGCCGCGCCAAGCAGGGCCGCUGCCCAUACCACUACGUGGAGGUCAUGGCCUGCCCCGGAGGGUGUCUGAAUGGAGGGGGCCAGCGUCCACCGGAGCAGCGCAAGGCGCAGCCAACGAGGAGCUACCUUCAGGACCUGGAGGCUCAUUACCUGGCCCAGGUGGAAACGCGCAGCCCAUUCGCCAAUCCGCUAGCCCAGCAGAUCUACUCGCAGUUCCUGGGCUCGCCUCUCUCCCCCUCCGCACAAGCUGUGCUGCACACCUCCUUCCAUGCUCGCCCCAAAACGCUUGCUCUCUCUGCACCUACACUUGCUGCUAGCUGGUAG